AUGUCAUGGGCGUGUAAAGCCAAUAAUAAUCAAAAUUGGACCUUCAUGCAAGAUGGAGCUCCAGCUCACACGAAGAAGACGGUUCAGGACUGGUGUGUGGCCAACUUUCCCUCAGUGAUCACCAAAGAUGAAUGGCCUCCAAACUCACCGGAUCUCAAUGUGAUGGACUUUUCCAUUUGGACAAUCUUAGAGGCUAAUGUCUGCUCUCGAAAACACACAAGUUUGGAUUCUUUGAAGAAGUCUUUGACCAAAGGAUGGAAGGCGACUCCUCAAGAUGACAUUCGGGCCGCAGUGGAGGCAUAUCCGAACCGAUUAAGGGCUGUUACCAAGGCAAAAGGCGGUCAUAUCGAA